GGCAGCUCGCUGGGCUGCGCUGGGCUGCGCUCCGCUCACCUCGCCCGGGCAGGACGCGGACCCUGGCUGGCGGCGGGAUGUCGGCGAAGGAGCGGCCGAAGGGCAAAGUGAUCAAGGACAGCGUCACCCUCCUGCCCUGCUUCUAUUUUGUCGAGCUGCCUAUUCUGGCGUCGUCCGUGGUCAGCCUGUACUUCCUCGAGCUCACGGAUGUCUUCAAGCCCGUGCACUCGGGGUUCAGCUGCUAUGACCGCAGCCUCAGCAUGCCGUACAUCGAGCCCACCCAGGAGGCCAUUCCCUUCCUCAUGUUGCUCAGCCUGGCGUUUGCCGGGCCCGCGAUCACGAUCAUGGUAGGGGAAGGCAUCCUGUACUGCUGCCUCUCCAAGCGAAGAAACGGGGUGGGGCUGGAGCCCAACAUUAACGCCGGAGGCUGCAACUUCAACUCCUUCCUUCGACGAGCCGUCAGAUUCGUGGGUGUGCACGUCUUUGGACUCUGCUCCACGGCCCUCAUCACGGACAUCAUCCAGCUGUGCACCGGCUACCAGGCGCCGUACUUCCUGACGGUGUGCAAACCCAACUACACCUCCCUGAACGUGUCCUGCAAGGAGAACUCCUACAUCGUGGAAGACAUCUGCUCAGGGUCCGACCUCACGGUGAUCAACAGCGGCAGAAAAUCAUUCCCUUCUCAGCACGCGACCCUCGCUGCCUUUGCUGCCGUGUACGUUUCGAUGUACUUCAACUCCACGCUGACGGACUCCUCUAAGCUGCUGAAGCCCCUGCUGGUCUUCACGUUCAUCAUCUGCGGCAUCAUCUGCGGGCUGACCCGGAUCACGCAGUACAAGAACCACCCCGUGGACGUCUACUGCGGCUUCCUGAUCGGAGGAGGGAUCGCUCUCUACUUGGGCCUGUACGCAGUGGGGAACUUCCUGCCCAGCGAGGAGAGCCUGUUCCAGCACCGAGAGGCCCUCCGGUCCCUGUCGGACCUCAACCAGGACCCCAGCCGGGUGCUGGCUGCCAAGAACAGCAGCAGCAGCGACGGGAUCGCGCACACCGAGGGCAUCCUCGCCCGGAACCCCCGGGACGCCAGCUCGCUGACCAACCUCAAGAGGGCGAACGCGGACGUGGAGAUCAUCACGCCGCGCAGCCCCAUGGGCAAGGAGAACAUGGUGACGUUCAGCAACACCCUGCCCCGGGCCAGCACGCCGUCCGUGGAGGACCCCGUGCGCAGGAACACCAGCAUCCACGCCUCCAUGGACUCUGCCCGGUCCAAGCAGCUGCUCACCCAGUGGAAGAGCAAGAAUGAAAGCCGGAAGCUGUCCCUGCAGGUCAUCGAGACCGAGCCUGGGCAGUCGCCGCCCCGAUCCAUAGAAAUGAGGUCCAGCUCAGAGCCGUCCAGGGUGGGGGUCAACGGAGAGCCCCACGGCCCCGGUAGUCAGUACCUCAAGCUGCAGCCCGGCGCGGUCGCCGGCUGCAACAACAGCAUGCCCGGGGGCGCCAGGGUGUCCAUCCAGCCCCGGCCUGGGUCCUCGCAGCUCGUGCACAUCCCCGAGGAGACGCAGGAGACCGUGGGCGCCUCGCCCAAAAGCAGCUCGGCUCGGGCCAAGUGGCUGAAAGCGGCGGAGAAGACCGUGGCGUGCAACCGGAGCAACAGCCAGCCGCGCAUCAUGCAGGUCAUCGCCAUGUCCAAGCAGCAGGGCGUCCUGCAGAGCAGCCCCAAGAACACGGAGGGCAGCACCGUCUCCUGCACUGGCUCCAUCCGCUACAAGACCCUGACCGACCACGAGCCCGGCGGCAUCGUCCGCGUGGAGGCCCACCCGGAGAACAACCGGCCCAUCAUCCAGAUCCCAUCCACCGAAGGCGAGGGCAGCGGCUCCUGGAAGUGGAAGGCCCCCGAGAAGGGCAGCCUCCGCCAGACCUACGAGCUCAACGACCUCAACAGGGACUCGGAGAGCUGCGAGUCCCUGAAAGAGGGCUUCGGGUCCGGAGACCGCAAGAGAAGCAACAUCGACGGCAGCGAGCACCACCACCACCACGGCAUCGCCACCAUCCGCGUCACCCCCGUGGAGGGCAGCGAGAUGGGCUCCGAGACGCUGUCCGUCUCUUCCUCGCGCGACUCCACGCUCCGGAGGAAAGGCAACAUCAUCCUGAUCCCCGAGAGAAGCAGCAGCCCCGAAAACACUAGGAAUAUCUUCUAUAAAGGGACCUCCCCGACGCGGGCUUACAAGGACUGAGCCAUGAUGUCUGUUCAAUCAUUUGGGUGCAUCCCCCCCCCCACAAAAAGACCACGGGUUGAUGAUUCUCCUUGCGUUCUGUUCCAACAAAUUGGGGAAACCUCUCAUCCAACCAGAUCCGCCACGGUCAGCCCGGGACUCGAUGACUCUGGAGAACUGUGACCGUCAGGCUUGUACAUUCACAUCAAGGGGAGGGAAAAGCACAAUGCGAGAGCCCAACUAAUGUGACAGCGGGGAGUCUCCUCCUAAGACCUGUCUUCAGACUCGAAGGUUGGCCGAGGGCAGUCUCGAAAGCCAGCGGUUUCCUUCCAUGUGUACUCCUUUCCUUCCUGAACGUGCCAACGUGAGGGGUUUUUCUUUCUAACUAGCCGUGGGGAUCCCGAGCAGGUGCCCCCCCGGCAGAGGCCAUGCAGUUUUAUAUAUCCAUUCUGCAGAAUCGUGUGCACUGGCACUCCGCGCGGGCGGUGCUGGUUAGCAUAGUUCAUCCCCCAUGUCGACUCUCCGGUCCUCUGUAGCUGUGAACUCGUGGUGUGUGCGGUCCCUCGUCAGAGAAAUGCUGCCGUGCCAGGAAGAUGCUGGCUGCUUCGUGGUGGAGUAGGGCCCCGAGGCUUCCCCGUAGUGGCUCGGUCACAGCCCAAACGCGAAAAGGUUCUGUAUGGGUUUUGGGUGGUUUUUUUUUUUUUUCCCAAAGCGAUGCUUUCUUCAACAACAAAAUUUGUGUAGGAAUAUUUUCAGCCCAAGGGAACAGCUAGUGCUUUUCUGCAGUUGUUUUCUGCUCAUUUUUAUUUAUGUGUAGGCGCUGCUCAUAAAGAAACUGGUUUUUGGUGGGUCAAACUGCACAACUUAAAAACUAGGUUGUUUUAAGAGAAUCUUUUGAAACAGUUGCGACCCUAUUCUGUAUUUUAUGGCUUCUACUUUAUUUAUGGAAUUUUAAAUUUGUUGGAUGUUAUAGAUAUGUUCUUCUGUUUUUAAGUGAAAGUAAUAGUCAAUACUCCUUGAGCAACAUAUAUUGCUGUGAGUUUAUAAACAAGAAAUGUGAACCAAAACUUGACAUCAUGGGUUACGUCGCCAGCUCGCUUAGUUGCUAUCUUAACAAGUAACCCCAAAACUUCAUUUAGUUCCAGAUCAUUAACUUUUUUUGACAUGCUGACAACUGGUAAAUUAGAGCCACCAGAAGUGGGUUGUACCUUCCUCCCUACUUUUGUUCAUUGGACGCCAACAGGUAGAAUCUGAAAAAUAUGCAAAUUGUUCAUAAAAGUAUCUCGCAGAAUAAACAAAGAAUGUAUUUCUGCAAAAUAUCUAAAUAGGCACGGUUUUAGGGCUUCGUGUGCAAACGACAGUUUUUGCUAUCUGUCCCUAGUGAAGGUUUGAGCCUAGAUCAAAGAACACAGUAUUUUCAAAAAGGAGAUGAAAACAAAACAUUUUGAGGUGUUUCCAACGUAAAAAAAAUUAGUUUAAAUAUAAAGAAGUAUUUGGUUCUUGGAGUUUAGCACAAGAUUUUUCCUACAUCAUUUCUUAAGAAUUCUAGUCUGUACGUGAGGAUGGCCACCAGGAUCCGAGGUCACGAUGAAGCGUGAUGUUGACCUGGGGGUAGUUUUCAGAGUGAGCGGAAGGAGCCGUUUAGAGAUGAGGGCACCCCACAUUUAUCGCUCCUGCAGGAAAGGGGCAGAGCUUUCCAGAGCAACCAACCUCCUCCUUAGGGAGUAGGGGUUCAGCUGAAACCAGCAGAUUCGAAAACUGGCAAUAAAACACAGAUUCGACCACAUCCCCUGUGGCGGUGUCCUUCUC